AUGACAACAUCCGAGCCCCUUGUAUCCGCCUCUACAGCUGCUCAGCACUUGGGAAACACCAUCGCCACAGAAGCCGAGUCCAGGCUUGGUUUCCUGAAAAAGAUCCGGCAAGAGAAGUUUGCCAACGUACGACCCCUGAGCGACUUUUUCGAUAGAAACAGAAUCAGCUUCACGACAUCUUUCCCUGAAAUCACAAAGCGCUGGAACUAUAACUUGCAGCAUUUCGCGGCCAACUACUUCUUUAUCGUUCUAGGCUUGUCCAUCUAUGCUGUUGUAACCAACUGGUGGCUGUUGUUUACCAUUGCUUUCAUCUUUGGUGGUUUCUACUUGAUCUCUCGACAGGAUGGUCCUAUCACUCUUGGCGGUAACAGCAUCUCUCCUUCAUCUCUCUAUGCAGCAUACUGUGGCGCAUCUUUGGUGCUCUUGUUAUUCUCAGGUGCGACUGGUACCAUUUUCUGGAUUAUUGGCGCAGCUGCUAUUGUUAUCUUGGGACACGCUGCCCUUUUGGAACCUGGAUUGGAAAAUGAGUUUGGCGCCGAUUCCCAGGUUUAG